AAGUUUUGCAAAUCAAUGUUUUGCUAUCUGCUUCUAUUUGGAUUGGAAUUUUACAUUAGUUAGCGUCUUAGACGGAACCAUUUAAUUGCGAAAAAGAUUAAAAAUCAAUUGAGUUGCUUAAUAAGGCCUUUGACGUAAUAUAAUGUAAAUAAGAAACUGUAAAGCACUGCUAUAAACGCGAAAUCUUUAUUAUUGUUAUUUGGUUACGUUUUGUUGCGUGUCUCGCACUAAUUUGAUAAUCUUUUUUGAAACACUGUAUAAUCUUAUUGAACACAAUCAUGACUAACACAAGUGGAACUUAUAAUUUCAAAGUAGUGUUAUUAGGAGAAGGAUGUGUUGGGAAAACUUCUUUACUAUUGCGUUAUAUUGAAGACAAGUUCAAUGACAAACACCUCACCACACUCCAGGCAACUUUUCUUAAUAAGAAAUUGAAUAUCAACGGUAAACGCAUAAACCUAUCUAUUUGGGACACAGCUGGUCAAGAGAAGUUUCAUGCUUUGGGCCCUAUAUAUUAUCGAAAUUCAAAUGGUGCAAUUCUUGUUUAUGAUAUAACUGAUGAAGAUUCUUUUGGAAAGGUGAAAAAUUGGGUGAAAGAAUUGAAGAAAAUGUUGGGAUCUGAGAUAGUGUUAGUCAUAGCAGGAAAUAAAAUUGACUUGGAACAUGAAAGGACUGUGCCUCUUGAAGAAGCAGAGAGUUAUGCCAAAAUGGUUGGUGCAAGACAUUUUUACACAUCAGCAAAAUUAAAUCAAGGAGUUGAAGACCUAUUCCUUGAAUUGACCCGAGAAAUGACUGAAAGAUUGGAACAGAACACUCUAUCUGAAGUAACUAGGACAUCGAGGGUAUUAGUAGUAGAUGACGAAACUCCGGUCCAGUCAUCUUGUUGUUCUGGAUCAAAGAGUAAUUAAUUAUAUUAUUUAAGAAUAUAAAACGUAUUUAUCGUAAGGAUAAUACAAAAUUACUUGUUUAGUGCUAAACAUAUAUGAGCAUUAACCGCAAUUUUAAAUCGGCUUGAUACACAAAAGUCCAUCCAUUUAUUGAUCA